UUUGUUGGCCGAGUCCAGCGAAGAAGAGGAUUGUUUAGGGUUCACAACCGAUGAUAGACCAUCUGCUGACAGGGGAUGUGACACUGACUCAGAUAUUAGUGCAUCAGGGCAACUACUGACCAAUGAACGACGAAUGCCUUCGGCGACAAGAUGUAUUGGUAUUUUUGCGUAGCUGAGAAACAGAUCUAAAAACAGAUCACGGGCCGUGAUAUCGUACCUGGACUGACCUCUCCAUCCGGGCGGACGUCCCCAAAAGAAAUACUUGUGUGCUUGUAGAAACGCUCACUGUCCAGACACAUGAACCAGGGGCUGUGGAUCUAAGGGACCAGCUUACACAAAACAAUGGUUCGGGCACUGAUUGAGCUCCGUCCAUCGAACAUUCUAUAUACACAGGAUUCCAUCAAAAACACCUUCACAUUUCAACACGAGGGGACACCUAUAGGCGAGACGCUCGACGACUUGUGUAAUGGUGUCUGUGAUAUCUGCGACAUUCCACCGAUAAGAGUGUCUUUCCAAGACGGUCGUUACUGGAGUGGCGAUAAUCGACGUCUGUGGGUGUUUCGGCAGUUUGAACGAUUGGGCGGAUGUGAUAAGAUCCGGGUAAAGGAAGUAAACUGGAGCGCAAUUAACCCUGACAAAUUUACCACAGAGAAUGGCGGAGUUGAAGUCAGAGUGCGUGGUUACCGCGGAGACCCGGGCGGGUCGUGGCACAGGCGCCCUGACAACUUCCUCCGCCGUCAAAACCAGUCUUCACGUCGUGCACGUCAUGGAGUUAAGGUACACAGCUUUGACAAUAACGUUGUGCCGCCCGUGAUAUUGCCACCGACAUCACCACCGCAACCAACAACGGCAGGAAGACAGCCAACAUACGGGAAACUUAUCCACCAAGCGUUUGUAGACCCCUAUGACUACGGACACAGGACAUCGCCUCUUUGUAAGCCAGUCAGGCCGACUAGCACAGUGUCACCUCCAGCGCAUGCGCAAACGCCGAUAUUCCAGCCGACACCCUCUAACUCGACCUGGGGCUUUUCCGGCAGGGAGGGAAUUAGGAUGAACACAGCACGAGAUACGAUAAUUGACAUCGCCGCACCCUACUCUCAGAUCCCCAGAGACGAAAUAGAUGGCCAGCCAGAAAGUCAACAUCACAAGAAGUCGAAGAAGAGAUCGUGUUGUGUUAUUUGUUAAUUCCUUAGUGUCACAUGCAAUUUCUAAUUUCUGCCCACAUAUCAAAAAUACAAAUACAUCCAAUUCAAGUAGGCUAUACUGUAGCCAUAGUUUGCUGUUUACAAGAAGAGCUAAAGCGCCAUUGUUAUGUAGAAACAUUUAGUUUGGAGGAGAAAAAAGGGUCACUGAGUUGUGGGUGGAAAAUAUUACGAAAAACUGCAGCAUAAGAAGUAAAACUAAAUAAGUGAAGAUGGCGUGAAAGUUGGCAAAUGAGCACUCGCAGCUAUUGAAACCUAGCGUCUUGUAAGUUUAACUCAGUUGAAGUUUUGUUCUAACUGUUCUUGUAAACGCCUAAGUAGAAGUAACCUAUACGACUUUUUGCUCCAUCGAUUAAUCAGAAUUCGGCAAACAUAUUGUUAUUUUAGUUUCUCUACGGUAGAUAGGAGUCGUUACGACUGCCUGUCGUGGUGGACGGGCUGAAGAAAUCGGGACUGCCGUGUGGCUGCGGAGAGUGGGCGUUGAGGCGGCUAUGAAGCGUUAAAUGGAGAUAUCGAGUCAUACUUGAGUCUUUAACAUGGGUUAUCUUGGCACUAUCUCAUUUAAUUGACGUGCAGCAUUAGCGGGAUCGGUCAAGUACUGAGCCGGCCGGUGUCAGCAUAAGGUGACUAGUUGGACCGGUUUGCUUGGUGUCUUCGGCAUGGCGUUCCAGUAAGGCAGCACUAUCAAUUGAAAUCUGGCCGAAAUCUGUUGAACUCAUGGAUAUGAUGAAUUUCUUGCCGUUAUAUGUACUAGUACAUCUAAAAUCAUACCAACAUUGCCUUGGUUGUCUUGCCAUCACUGUGUUUUGGCUGCAAUAUCAGGUUCUACGUGAUGCGGUGUGGCAGUAAACUGCAAAUAAAUAUAUAAAUCAGUAAGGUUUAAAGCAAUUGAAAUCUAUGAUUGACCGAAUAGAACAUUUAUCCGCUAUCAGUAUAGUCCAUUAACUAGGACGUGUUGAAUAAUACGCAUUGCAUCGGCCGCAACAUAUCCAUGGACUAUGACUCCUUCAUGAGGCCAAAUCAUCUCUUGGACGAGAAAUGUCUUUUUUUGUCGCACGGGAGAACUCAAGGUUUGUCGUAUUUGUCACCAAUUUUGUGCAAAGCUAGGCUCACACCCUAUUAUUGGCAGGCCUGUGACUAGAGACCGGUUGUUCAAAACUGUUUUUAGACUUAAUACCAGAUUUAGUUUUUAAAAUAAUUGCCUAGCCCAAAAUAAUUGUAUAACGUGAUAUUAAUUAUGGACUAAAGCUGCUGGUAUUCUACAUUGACUUGGACAACUGCAUACUGGAUGAUGAAUUUUGGCCACGAUUUGAAAUUUAAAAUAUGACUUAAUAACAGCAUUACGUAAUACACUUUCGAACAGCUAACCAUAAGGCGGCAGAUUUUUAGUUGCAAUGAGACUGAGAUUGUGUGAUGUCUUGCGUUCAGCCUACAAGAGAGUUUAAAGCCCAAUUUAGUUGUUACGUGUACGCGGGUGAAUCGUCAAGUCGCACGGCCUCCGUUCUACAAACGAGCGGUUGAGUAGCGUCCUUAGCACUCACAUGUGCCGGUUUUAACAGCGGGUUGGCGCGGUUGUGGCUCGUGUUGGGCAAAAAGCCCUCAAUAUUGUGUUACACCAGCUCAUUACGUUUACCACACCGGGAGAAGCACUGAUACAUGACUAUUGUGACGCGCAAUGUGUCAUGCUGGCUUCCUCUCAGGCCGCACGUGGGAAGGUCUGCCAGCAACCUGCGGAUGAUCGUGGGUUCCCCCCGGGCGCUGUCCGGUUUCCUCCCACCACAAUUCUGGCCGCCACCUAUAGAUGAAAUAUUCUUGACAUCGGCCUAAAACCUUAUGAAAAAACCCCAUGCAGAAUGUAUAGAGCGAUUGAUUUAGUGUCUGACUUAGGCAAACAAAGCAUUUGUCUCAUUAUACAUUAGUUUGUCAUGAUGAAAGCAGCAGGAGCUGGCCGAGUGCUUGAGAUAUCGCAUUUCAAUCACUGAAACACACGCGAGGUGACAGUUCAAAAUCUAACACGGACAAUUUGUGAAUUGCCCGGCUUUCACUACUUGUUGGUCAUAGGUAACUAAAAAUUAUUUACAACGCUGGUUAGGCGGUUUGCGCGGUGUAACGCUCGUUGAAGACCAUUUGACUUCCACUAAUACUGUAUGCUCAUCUGUUAGCCACGCGUGGGAAAAUUUGUCGAUAACUUGCCAAAUAUUCGUGGGUUUCCACGGACGCUUCGGUUUCCUGCACUCUAAAAAUUCAUCAGUAUUGCAUCAGUGAAAAAAUUAUUGAGUUUGGUGUUAAAUGUAUUCAUAAAUAUCAUAAGAAAAAAAAAUUAUUAAAUAAAGCUUCCUGUGAAUGAUCAAAUGAGGAACGUUACAUAUAAAUUUAACUCAAACAAUUCGACCUGCCUCAGAGUCAAUGAAUCAUGUCUUUACAUUCAUAAAUGUUUACUAAUAUCUUCUUUAUGGUAUUUUAGCUAGGCCGGUUUUCUUCCACAAUAAUGCUGGCCACCAUC